ACCUCUAUUCCUAUUCUAUCUUCGCAAGAAAGAUAUUUCACGAUGACGUCAUCGUAUACGGUUUAUUUAUAAAAUUGCCGGAGAGACGUGCUCUUCUCUGUACUUUGAACUUAUUCGUGCACCUGUGCGUUGUAUAGGAGAUCACGGAGGCAGAGUUUCAUAUUUCGUUUCCUUCACGAAAAGUAUGUACAUACCAGAAAUUCUAUUAAUAGAACGCUCGACGAGAUACAUAAAAAAGGCUAACCAAACUUAAAUAAACAUGAGUAUACAAUGGACGCUCAUUGCUGGAUUUCUCUAUGUAGAAGUCGCAGUAGUCCUUCUUCUUAUAUUGCCAAUUGCUUCGCCAAUUAAAUGGCAAAAGCUCUUCAAGUCUCGCUUCUUACAAAGCAUCGGUAAUCAAGCUUCCAUUUAUUUUGUGGUUUUACUUGGGAUCUUGUUUCUUUUCCUAUUAGAUGCUAUACGAGAGAUGCGAAAGUAUUCUGGGAGUUUAGAUCACGGUGAUCAUCAGCAUUUAAAUCUUGAAAUGCAAGAACACAUGCGACUGUUUCGCGCACAGAGGAAUUUCUACAUAUCCAGUUUUGCACUAUUUUUAAGUUUGGUGAUACGCCGUCUUGUUAUUUUAAUAUCUACACAAGCCACUUUGUUAGCGCAAAACGAAGCAGCCAUGCGACAGGCUAUGUCCGCUACAACCACAGCUAGAAGUUUGUUGUCCCAGAGGACAAUUGGAGAAAGCGCGCAAAAUGAUUCUAACGAAGCGCAUGAUAAGGCUGUUUCAGAAUUGAAAAAUCAAAUCAAGGAGUUGCAAGCCAAGAAUGUCGAACUUGAGAACAGUUUGACUAAAGAGAAAAAGGAUAAAGAAGCACUAAAAUCGCAAGCAGAUUCACUUACGAAAGAAUAUGAUCGUUUGAGCAACGAAUUCUCAAAACUUCAGCAGUCGAGUGGGGAUAAGAAAAGCGAUUAGAAUUGUUUUUCUUUUUUUCAUUAUUAUCAUUAUUUUUUUUUUUUUUUUUUUUGAUUAUUUUCCUCAUAAAUAAGAUAAAAUCCAAAAGUGUGUUUUAUUGUAGUGGGUUUUGCAUUACACACAUACUUUAAGUGGAAUACAUUGAGGUAAUUUUUGGAAACGUAUUUUUCACUUAAACAUUUAUAUAGGUACUUACACCUAUAUUAUAUUGUAAUGUGUUUCGUAACAUACAUUAUAUAUUUCCUUUCCGAUUCUUGUGUACUUUACUUGGGCACAAGGCCUCUCCGUAACUGGUUUUUAAUUUGUGAUAUUUACGUUCCGUGUAAGUUACUUUAUAAAAUAAUAAUUAAAGGUUGUAAUUAAACACUUAUUCGGUGUAAUCACUUUGAUAAUUAAUUGAAGUUAUGAAAAAUUGAAAAGUUUAAAUCUGUUUUUUGCAAAUGUAAUAAUUUUCGUGUUACAAAAGUUAAAUUUGUUACCAAGUACACUGAUUGGCACUGUGAAUUGUUCCGAGAGUAGAAAACAGUUUCUUAUAACGCAGCCGACCUACAAAAGCAUGAAUAAAGCCUGAAAGAUAGUGUGUAGAAAUUUUGAUUUUUCUUUUCGCAAAACGAAAUUCACUACCAAUCUCAGUGUACUGUGUAUAUACAAUAUAUUUUGGCAAAGUAUUGUUAGUAUAUACAAGUAGCAGUAUCUUAUAUACACCAUAGACAGUGUUUCAAAUAUACUUCCAUUCUCGCAUUUGCAGCAAAUGUUUUAUAUUCAAUCUUGAUAAAAUUGUAAGAUAUACAUGUUAUAGAUCUUUGAGUCGCGUAAACCCCAAAAUAUAUAAAUUAUGUAUACAUAUUGCUUUAAACAAAAAUUGUACUAAAAGUCCUUUCAAUUAAACCAAAAAUCACUUGUUUAACUUGCUUUUUAUCUAAUAAGUUCUUGUAUUUUCUUAUAUAAAUUAUAAACUUUGUAUUUUAACGAAUA